GCGCCGCGCCCCGCCCCUUCGGAAGGGAGGCACCGCCCCCGGCAGAGAGCGGCCAAUCGGAGGCGAGGGGCGGUGCGCCACCUGCCUAUAAAGGCGCGCCGGGCACAGGCGCAGUCCCUUUCCUGCCGGAGAGCCGGGCCUUGAUCGCCGCCGCCCCUGGACGUGGAACGACUGGAUCCUUCUCUCACCCCCCUUUUAACUGGUUCAAUAAAGUCCAUUCCCUGAGAAGAGUCUGGCUCUGACCUUUGUUCCUCGUUCUCUCGGCGCAGGGGGAGGGGAAGGGGAGCGGGGCCUGCCUCUCGCCCGCGAGACUCGGCCCUGCAGACCUGGCCCAUGGCGCUCCUGCACCGACUCCUCCACAAGGGGACCAGGGCGAAGCGCUCCUGGGCCGGUAGGGCUUUGGGGGUCGGGAAUGUGGGCGGCCGGGGGGGGUGCCCAGCGCACGCCCCUAACGUUGCCCUGUCCCAACCCCGCGCAGGCUCCCUGGCCGGCAGCUGCCUGUCGGAUCCCGGGCUCUGGGACCGGCUCCACGCCCAGGCGUUGCCCGGAAGGCCCCCUAACUUCGACUGGUUUUUUGGCUACGAAGAGGUUCGGGGGCUUCUCUUGCCGCUGCUGCAGAAGGGGGCUCCCCGAGGGCCAGCAGUGGCCCCCCUCAGGGUGCUGGACGUGGGCUGUGGAACCUCGGAUUUGUGCCCCGGACUCUACACCAAGUGCCCCCUGCCCUUGAACGUGCUCGGGGUGGACUUUUCUGCAGUGGCUGUGCAGCGCAUGAAGCGCCUGCUGGAAGGGCACGGAGACCGCCCCGGGCUGCGCCCCGGGCACCCCGAUUCCCGGCUGCAUUUCCUGCAGGCUGACGCCCGAGACCUGGGACCUGCCUGCCCUUCUGGGUCCUUCCAGCUGGUGCUGGACAAGGGCACCUGGGAUGCUGUGGCCAGGGGUGGCCAAGCCGGGGCAGAGCAGCUGCUGUCCGAGUGUCUGCGGGUGCUCGCCCCCCAGGGCACCCUGGUACAGUUCUCCGAUGAGGACCCCGAUGUUCGUUUGCCCUGCUUGGAGCGGGGAGCUGGCAGCAGAUUGGUGAAAAUACAGGAACUGGGGCCCUUCAAGGGGCUCACUUAUUUUGCUUACUUGGUCCAGGCAGCUCAAUAAAAGCAAUCUUCCCCAUUUUA